UGUGCACGCUCAAAAUGUCAACAGUCAAAACGCGGCACUUUCAAAUUUAAGGUGACAGCUAGUUUCGUUGAUCCAAAUGAUGUUCUACACUCAACUCUUCACGUCUAAGCGAGGGCCUCUGGCCAAAAUUUGGCUGGCAGCGCACUGGGAAAGGAAACUCACAAAGGCCCAUGUCUUUGAAUGUAAUUUAGAAACAACCAUCCGAGACAUAAUUUCACCAAAGAUGAAAAUUGGUUUGCGGACAUCUGGUCAUCUGCUCAUUGGUGUGGUCAGGAUUUACUCCAAGAAAGCAAAGUAUCUCCUUGCAGACUGCAGUGAAGCCCUGGUUAAAAUUAAAAUAGGAUUCAGGCCAGAUCAGACAGAUCUGCCUGUGGGGGGGCUCGAGGCGGCACAUAAAGCAAUUACCUUGACUGAAGAUUUCUCUGCCUUUGAUUCGGAGGUGCCACAGCCAAGUAACGUAGAUGUUGUGGACAACUUUUCACUUAACCAGUGUCGACGAGAGGAAAUCACAUUGAAAGAGGAUUUUGGAAAUGGCUUUCUGAGCUUGGAUUUUGGAGAGGAGUCUCAGAGCCACCAGACUGGGCUGCUGGAUAUGAGCUUCCAGAGCUUGGCUCAACAUGAAGACGCUUUUGGGGAUGAGGAUAAAGGAUUAGACCUACUCGACUUUCUGACAAACUCCAGUGAUAACGCUGAGUCCACAUACUUCAUCUCAGAAGAGCCUCCAAAUGAAAAUCCAGAGAUCUCAGCACCAAAUGAUCAACAAGAUGCUGAUAGAACAGAGAUGGAGACCCCUUCGAUGAAUGAGACCACCCUGGUCGCUAACGAGGAGGAGGCGUUUGCUCUUGAACCUGUGGCCAUCACUCCAAAUUCAGAACAGAAGAGGGGGAAGAGAAAGCGCAAGCUGGUUGUGGACCAGAAGAAAGAGCUGACCAAUGAUUCCAUCAGAGAGCAGCUCUCCGACUGUUCAGAUCUGGUUGCCCCUUUGGAAAUCGCCCCACCCAUUGUGCAGCUCAUGCAUUGGAAGGAGAGCAGCAGUGCAGACAAACUCUUUACACAACCAUGUUCGACGAUGGCAACUCCACAGAUAAAACAGCUCUUUGCCAGGAGUAUUUUCCACAUUAAAUAUAAUGUGCAUGAAGAGGUUGAGGCAAUGCGCCAAGAUGGACAAGAAGUUCAGAGGGACAUCAGUGCCUUCACCACAGACAUCAGUGUCGCAGAUUCAUCAGUGGAUCCUGACAGAACUCACAACACCGAUCUGACCGACCUUGAUCACAUGAAUGACAACCAACAGGAGAAUAAUCCUGGGCUCGCACAAGAUGAAAACAGGUCGGACUUCACUCACCCAGAGCUUCCGUCAGAUGACUACAUGUUUGUCCAUCCGUCUUAUAUGCAGCAGGAGACUCAGUCAACCUCCCUCCACACUCAGUCUCUGCUGGACAGCCAGGACUUAGAGGAGAGUAAAGUAACCAGGCGCGCACAGAAGCUUCUGAACACUCUGAAAAGCCAGAGCAGCAGCACGUUCAGCCUGGAGGCACUCUGUGCGGGGGGCACUCGCUCACAGGCUGCAACCACCUUUUACUGUCUCCUGGUCCUGAACAAACAGAAAGCCCUUAACCUGCACCAGAGAGUACCCUAUGAGGACAUCCUGGUCACGCCUGGACCUACGUUCUACAAAUAG